ACUGUCGAGAUGUCCUUGUUCGACUUGAACUAGCUUUUCUGCUGCAAUCAGAUUUCAGUCAUUUUGCCAUUGAACAAGUAAGUUGAAGUAACUUUGAGUUGAAGAUAGUUGAGUAAUUACUUUCAGAAUACCAAAUCUCCGUUGAGAAGAAUAGAUCCAGUUAGUUGUCUUUCUGUCUAGCGGAUGGAUCUUUGACAAGUUCGAAGGUGGCUCGUCCGUCCAGUUCUGCGACGGAUGACUCAGCGCUAGCAGCAUCAUGGACUUUCCAGGAUCAGCGCAGCCCCCGGCGACGGAUGGUGUAUCAGCACAACCCCCAGUGACGGGGGAUGUGUCAACUCAGCCUGUGCCUAUGCCAUCAGGGUUUUUCACCUCGACGCAGCCAUCAGCAAUGGCAUCAGGGUUUUUCACCUCAACGCAGCCAUCAGCAAUGCCAUCGGACUUUUUCGCGUCAACGCAGCCAUCAGCAAUGCAAUCAGAAUUGUUCACCUCAACACAGCCGUCAACGCAGCCAUCAGGGUUUUUCACGUCUGCGCAGCCAUCGGCAAUGCCAUCAGGGUUGUUCACGUCUGCGCAGCCACCAGCAAUGCCAUCAGGGUUUGUCACGCAGCCAUCAGCAAUGUCUGUAUCAGCAGUAACCGGACCAGCAAUGUCAACAACAAUAGCAGCAGCACCAACGAUGCAAACAACAGCAGCACCACCGCCUUUGCAAACAACAGCAGCACCACCGCCGUUGCAAACAACAGCAGCAUCACCAAUGCAAGCAACAACAGCAGCACCAGCAGCGAUGCAAGCAACAGCAGCAGCACCACCAAUGCAAACAACAGCAGCAGCACCACCACCAAUGCAAACAACAGCAGCACCGCCGAUGCAAACAACAACAGCAGUGCCAGAAUCAGCAUUGCCAGAACCCGUGGUGACAGUUCCAGCAGUGCCGGCAACCGCAGCAAUGCCAUCACUAGCAAUGGCAGCAACAGCAGCGGAAGCACCAACAUUUCCAACAACAGCAGUGAUGGAACCAGCAAUGCCAAGAACAGGAGCAGCACCAUCAGCAAUGCUCACAACAGCAGUGAUGGAGCCAGCAAUGCCAAGAACAGGAGCAGCACCAUCAGCAAUGCCAACAACAGCAGUGAUGGAACCAGCAAUGCCAAGAACAGGAGCAACACCACCAGCAAUGCCAACAACAGCAAUGAUGGCACCAGCAAUGCCAACAACAGCAAUGAUGGAACCAGCAACGCCAACAACAGCAGCUGCACCACCAACAUUCCCAACAGCAGCAAUGAUGGAACCAGGAAUGCCAACAACAGCAAUGAUGGAACCAGCAAUGCCAACAACAGCAAUGAUGGAACCAACAACAACAGCUGCACCACCAACAUUCCCAACAGCAGCAAUGGUGGAACCAGCAAUGCCAACAACAACAGCUGCACCACCGGCAAUGCCAACAACAGCAGCUGCAACACCGCUAAUACCAACAACAGCAGCGGCAAUGCCAGCAACAGCAGUGAUGGAACCAGCAAUGCCAACAACAGUAGCGGCAACACCAUCAAUGCCAACAAUAGCACAGACAGUGCCACCACCAGCAACUGCAGCACAUGUCAUGCAACCACCAGCAACUGCAGCGCAUGUCAUGCAACCACCAGCCACUGCAGCGCAUGCCAUGCAACCACCAGCAACUGCAGCGCAUGACAUGCAACCACCAGCAACUGCAGCGCAUGUCAUGCAACCACCAGCAACUGCAGCGCAUGUCAUGCAACCACCAGCAACUGCAGCGCAUGCCAUGCAACCACCAGCAACUGCAGCGCAUGUCAUGCAACCACCAGCAACUGCAGCGCAUGUCAUGCAACCACCAGCAAUGCCGGCAACAGCAGUGAUGGAACCAGCAAUGCCAACAACAGUAGCGGCACUGGCACCAGCACCGUCAAUGCCAACAGUAGCACAGACAGUGCAACCACCAGCCACUGCAGUGCAUGUCAUGCAACCACCAGCAACUGCAGCGCAUGUCAUACAACCACCAGCAAUGCCAGCAACAGGAAUUCAGCCUACACCCAUGGUAGCACCAUUAGCCGCCGGGCCAGUAGCAGCUCCAAUACCACCAGCAGCAGCAUUUCCACCAGCGCAGCAGCAGCAGCAGCAUUAUGAGAGCGAGGAGCAAAUCACGAGGCAACGCAUUGAGGCAUGGCGUAAGGAUGCUGCAAGCACAGCAGGUACAACACCAGCUGCUGAUGCUAUGACACCUCUCGCUGAGCAGCAACAGCUGACUAGUGCCAAGGAUGGGUUUGAAGUACAGCAGCCACCAGAGGACUACCCAAAUCGACCAUCAUCGCCGAGCACCGUAUCUCAAAUUCCGUCUUAUCGCCAUGAUCCACGCUAUAACAAAACACUGCCAGCCGCACACCAUCCACCUCAUCCAGGUGCUGGCUAUCCACCUGGUGCUGGUGCUCCAGGAAUGUAUGGUGCCUAUGGUGCUGCUGCUGCUCCUGGUUAUGGACAUCAUGCUAUGGGAUAUCCUAUGUAUCCCGGUGGACCUCCAACAGCACCCAUGCACCAUUACCCAACCAUGUACAAUGCGUAUGGUCACAUGUACCCUGGUAUGCAUCCAGCUGCUCAACAGCAUCACCACCACCACCAGCAGCAGCAGCAGCAGCCUGCUGCUCAUGCUCCUGGUAAUCCUGGCCAGGCAUCUAGCGUGUAUGGGGGAAAUGCGUCUGCUGUCGGCCCUGCCGAUUUUCAGUCACAACACCAAUACUAUCAACAGCAGCCGCAGCAUCAUCAUCAUCAGCAGCAGCAGCAGCAACACCAGGCGGCGAAUCAUGGCGGAGGUUCUUUUGCUCCAGGUUAUGGUAUGAAUCCAGCAGCUCAAGCCGCCAACAAUGGCGUGUUUUAUGGUGUAGGAAUGUAUGGGCCUGGCUACUAUGAUCACAGUGGUCAGUUCUAUGGCUAUGAGGACCCGACUGCCAACCAAUAUCAGCAGCAACAGCAAGAGCCACAGCAAGAGCAACAGCUUGCAUCACAACCGCAGCAAGCCGCCUCUGAGUUUGAUGCCACUGUGGGUUCGAUUGGCAAUCUGGGUGCUGAGAACACGCAGUAUCCUGUUGCUGAAUCCACGCGUCACCUGUUCCCUGAUGGGCUGAUGUCAAGUCCGCCACCUGUAGCAGAAGAAAUCACACGAACGGACCCGAUGGAUCGUUUCAAGACUGUCUGCAGACCGUGUGUCCGGUUUGGAUUUGGUGGUCAGCUGACAGUGGUGCGGCAUGAUUCACUGACAGCGCGUCCACAUGUCUGCGUCAUGUCUGUGCCAGCUACAGCCACAAGGCAAGAAGAGCUGGAGGGUUUCCCUGGACCGCUGACCCAUGAGUCAACUGCUGCAAGUGUCGCGGAGUUCACAUCUGCUCGGGCUUCUUGCUGUGCGUCUGAAGAUCGUGCAGAUGAAGAUAUCUUUUGGCGUAUUUUGGGAGUUUUGGCAAAGGAGAAGGAGUCCCCUGUAUCCGAUAACAUGGCAAACAGCAAGGUGUUGAAAGUUCUCCGUGCUCAGUCGGAGUGUAAGGAAUCGCCAGAGCCAUCGCGUGACUAUGCAACCGCUGUUUCUUCCAUACGGCAACUCCUAUUGGAUGGAGACAAAGAGGGUGCAUUUGAUCAGGCUAUCUACUCUGGCCUGUGGGGCCAUGCAUUCUUCCUAGCUCGAUACAUUCCCGACGGUUCAGAGCGUGUUGCCAGAAAGUUCUCGGAAAGCCUCUCAAGUAGUGAUGUUAUGCACACCCUCUUUCAGCUCAUGGACAAGAGAACUGCAAGCGGCUUGGCGGUGUGUGGAGAGCAACCAGAUAUGGAAUGGUGCAAUCAACUAGCAGUCAUCAUUGCAAACUUUUCCAUUGCUGCUCGCUACAAGGCUGUCACGGAGCUAGCUCGUUCACUCGAAAGCUGUGGUCGUGUGCAUGCUGCACAUCUGUGCUACCUACUCGCCGGUGAAGUUCCUCGAUCGACCGGUGGACGUCUACAUCUGCUUGGUGCUAAUCACAGGUUACGGUCUUCUGAAUUUGUAACACCAUUGGUGUUGCAAGCAACGGAGGUAUAUGAGUACAGUUGCCUUCGAGCCACUGGUCGCAUUCAUACAUUCUACCAGACAUAUCGUCUCCUGUAUGCACACUGGCUGACGGAUGCACACAUGACAACACAGGCACUCGACUACUGCAGGAGCAUUAGCAAGUAUGUCAUCAGCAAGCCACAGGCCUUCUCUGCGUCGUUUAGCCAGCACCUGACAACGUUAUCAACACGUCUUGUGCAUCAUUGCGCCAAGGAUCUUGGUAGUGACACUAGGAUGCCUGCAUGGUUGGAGAAGCUGAGCUCCGCCGUACCCACGACUAGUCAUGGGGACAGCGGAUUGGCCAUGGCCACAGGAAGAGUAUCUGUGAUGAGUGGUGCGGUGGGUAGCAAUGGUAGUGCGUGCGGCAGCACAGCCAGUCCGGCAUUCAGAGAUACCCAGCAUGCACAGGCAUUGAUGUCUGGCAGAACGCAACAGGAGUCUGAUGCUGGCUACACGAGCUCACUUGCCAUGCAUGGCAGCGGUACAACUGCAGAUUACUCCGAAGCCGUCCAAGAACCUGCAUACUCCACCUCACUAGCAUCGCAGCAGAACCAGGCUGUAUCAGCUUUCACAGAUGUUGGAAGUUCUAGUAACACUACUGCUCACCAGUAUGGAGGUGAGGAUCAACCAGAUUGGGCGCAACGGGAUGAUCAGAACGAUCAGAACGUAGCUUAUGCAACCCAGCAAGCCAAUUCCAUUGCUGGCAGCUGGCAGCCUACACAGGAAGAAUCAACUCGUCACCAGCAACAGCAACAACAAGAGCAGGGGCAAUGGCAGCAGCAUCAACAGCAACAACAAGAGCAGGGGCAAUGGCAGCAGCAUCAACAUCAACAGCAGCAGUGGCAACACCAUCAACAACAACAACAGUGGCCGCAACAGCACACUUCUGACGAGAACGCUGGAUCUUUGGAUAGUGCAGACCCUGGUGAUGACCCAUUCGGCGUUGGCCAACGUGCUGUGGACCAGGGGUCCUCUCAUCCCAACCACUCCACUGGAUGGGAUCAGAGCAAUCAACAGCAAACCAGAGCGCCUGUUCAAGAGGACUCUGUUGAGGAUGAAUCACCACCAGCUGCUGCUGAGAACAAGUCAGAGCCAAAGAAAGAGUCUAAGUCAGGACUGUUCAGUUUCCUCGGCUGGGGUAGUAAGAAGAACGAAGGGGGAGCUGGACCAAAAAAUAUGAUUCUUCCUGACGACAAAGAUCCGCCGCUGGUGUAUGAUGAGAAGAAGGGAAUGUGGAUUGACAAGAAUGAGCCAGACAAACUACCCCCUGGAGCUGAGCCACCACCUCCAGAUGCAUCAUUCCACCAACCAGGGCCUACUUCAUCGCAGAUGCAUCCUGCUUCUUCUGGUCCUACACCUAGCAGUAGUGCUAGUGUGCCUUCAGAGCAGUCUUCUAAACCCGGUGCUGCCGCUGGUGCUACUGCAGCAAGACCAUCUAAAGGCCGGCUAGCGAAUAAAUACGUUGAUACAUUUGGUAGUGGGAGUACACAGACGGAUUCAGCAGCCUCAAUACCACCUCCUGCCUUGCCCGCACUCCCACCAAUGGGUGCAGCUCCUACUGCAGCCGUGUUUGCACCUCCUAUGCCUGCUCCAGGCGGUGCUGGUUCUGCGGAGAAUGAUAGCGGAAACUCACUGCCUGUAGCAGCAGCAGCAGCUCCUCCAGCCACCGGUGCGGCUGGCCCUGGAGUAUUCAACCCGUCAAACAUCACUGGGGACUCUGCUGCUGGCCAGACAAAGACAUUUGCAGAGGAACAAGCACUUUGGCAGCAGAAGAGAGAGCAACACAAGAGAGAACAAAUGGAGAAGAAGCGCUUGCGCACUGAGCGUAUGAAAGCACAGCGUCAAGCACAUGGUGGGCAAGGUGCUAGCGGACUUGAAGACGGUUUCGCUAACAUGCAGUUCUAAGUGGAUCAUCCAGUGAGAGUUUCCUUAUUAUUGCGUAUCAAUGACUAGUGUGUACACUAGCAUGCACUGUAUUUAUCUAUCUAUAUACCGGUCCGCUGGUCGGGAUCGUACUGGUAGCGCUCAUCUCUCUGCAAUUUAGCCCACAUUAUCAUUGUUGAAGCUCACUGAGUGAGUCAUUGUGCCACAGAAUGCGUCCGCUGUGCCUCUGCUCCCACCACCUUGUCAGGACAUGGUGUAGGCGGUGGUUGUGACAGCUCUUCUACACGUACGUGUGUUCUAGUGCAGGUAUGUACACUGGCACCUGCUGCUGCUGCGGCUUGUACAUGUACAUUGUAUUCUGGUAUAUGCCGGGUGCUACUGCGUUGAUUUAUAUUUUAUGUUUCCUAUCCAAUUUAGCAUCAUCUUGACUGCUGUUCACAAUUCACACUGCUGCUCCCGCUGUUCACUAUUGCUUUCAAUGGCCAAGCACUGUUCCCGAGCCAUCCUCUCUCGUUUACUUGUACAUUGUUUUACGCUGUUUUAUGCAUGGAAAUCCAUCAUGCAUGUGUGAUAUGUGUGAUAUGUGUGAUUUGCUGACAAUAUACUGUGCUGCUGUAGUCCUCGGUGGCUGGGGCAGAUUUGCUUGGGACCGUUCCCUGCACACGCAGUACUGCCUCCAACAAUGCUGGGUGCUGUCAUUCUGCUGUUUAGACGGUGAUGAUUAUUAGCAUCGGCUUGUUCAUCUAGGUCAGCUCAUCAGUACAAGCUACCCAUUUCUUAGUCUGCGCUCUGUUGUUGCUGCUGCUGCUGCCAAUUUUUAAGUAUUUAUGUCUGUGACUUUUUUGAUAUUACUUCUUUUCCCAAGUACGUUUAACAAAAGUAUUCAAUUUCCAAGAACUGCUACAACAUCCCUCUAGCCCACACUAAGAUCAUUUUAGCAAUUCCUACAAGUAGUUGUAUUUUGUUACAGUACUCAUUCAUCAUUAUCGACGUUUUAACUGGUGAAAAAGCCGGCCACCUACAUCGUACUUCUGUUGUUUGAUUAUGGACUGCUGAGUGCUGACACUGAUGUCUUCCUGCCUUAUACAUACAGUAGACCCUCUGUAGUAGUGUUGCUUGGGCUCUUUGGUAGCAUUUUGCCGCUAAUGAAGUGUGUGCAGCUCUCAAUACAAUCAGGGAAUGUUAUUACUAAUAUUAAAAUAGCAGAAGUUUUUUUUAGUACUCCCCGAUUUCAAAGCACCGGCUGUUAAGUUCACCAGUUUCUUGUUUUGGAAUGUUUCAAUUUCUUUUUUUCUGAAUUCUAAACCAUGUACAUGU